AUGGCCGACCGCAAUGCUCCGGGAGUGUCGUCACCGCACCGAUCCUCAUCCUCCGCAGCGCCCCUGGCUGGGACCACGGGCUCUGGAUCCGUCCGCUCGCGCAAUCGUCGCCCCCCCAAUCAUGGCAGCAGCAGCGAGAGUAUAACAAGAAACCAUGGUGAUCCGGUACAGAGGACUCCCGCUGCCAAAGGUAGAGAGGGAACAUCUAGUUUGGGGCAGGUGCUGGGAGAUUCCUGGGCUCAGAGCUGGUCAUCAGUCCAGGGAUUUGCAUCCUCUCUCCUCUCCGUCGCAGAGAACCCAGGCGACAUGUCUCGGCCACGAUCAGACUAUCAGUCCGACCAAAACUUUGCUUCUUCACUUUGGAAUCGAUUUCCACCGGGCAUCAGCGGCAACGCCAGCAAGAACCCCAACCAGGGAAGCUCUCCCGCUUUACGAAGCCAAAGGGUAGCCAACCGAGUGGCAGCGGGAUCGUCAGACCAGCGAAACGCUGCGCUGAUAGCUGCCAAGAGAGCUAGCGUUUUGGAAAACAGCCAAGAGAACUCACAGCCUGAAGAGUACCUAGUAUACAUCCACAAAGUCCUGCCUAAUGACACAUAUGCUGGAAUUAUCCUCCGAUACAAGUGCAUGGAGGAUGCGUUUAGGAAAGCGAAUGGCCUCUGGUCCAGGGACAGUAUUCAGGUUCGGAAAUGGGUCCUUAUUCCUGUGGAUGCCUGCGAAGUACGAGGCCGUCCUUGUGAUCCCCCGGCAGGCAAUCAAGGCCGCGGCGCCACGGAUUUCUUCGAAGCAACAACUGGGUCAAUGGCGCCACAAACUACACCCAGUGACUACUCCAAGCUAUCUAGUGAAAGGGCUACACAGGAAGAUGAGAACGCGGAAAAAGAGGCAAUGCCGUGGUCGCAUGUCAGAUGGGUCAAGAUAGACUCACUGCCUGAGCCGGUGGAGAUCGGGCGUAUUGCGCGGCAGAAAAUGGGCUACUUCCCACCACGGAGGAAAAAGGCUGUGUCUUUCUCGUCAACACCGCGACAGAGCCUUGAUACCACGGAGCAGAUAGAGCAGCCGCUACCCAGGCGACAGAGCUUAGUGGGCGACCAGCCGCCAUCGUUGAGCAGGCGUGAAUCUAUUCUCAGCCAUGGAGACGGCGAUGGGCCGGAUAUGAGACCAGCAUGGAUGCGGCGUUCGGGUGGUGUUGGCCCCUUGAGCAGGAAUAUCCGCGCUCCCGGUCCGGACAAAGAUUACUUUAACUCGUGGUUCAAGAAACAUUUUCCUGGCCUCAAUAUUGACGACCUACCAUCCAUGUCAGUGAUGGGUUCAGAGAUGGCACGACUCGGGUUUGACCGUGAGGCUGCUGGGAUCGUUGAGGGCGCCAUUCAAGAGGGGGGAGAUACGGAGUCGCCUUAUAAUCAGAAUAACGGCAUAGACAAAGCCGCAGCCGCAGUCGAGACCUGGCUCCGAACUGCAUGGGCUAAACGUUCCAUGGCCCCAUUAAUUCCACGGCAGAGGAGCGCAGCCGGACAGGAUACUGGAGACCUGAUAGAGCUGACGCCGACGCCAGGUGCCGAGGGCACACCACGCCUUGACAUGUUUGAUUCACAAAUACCAUCGCCAUUCCUUGGAAGUACAGCGGAUGCCGAUUCUAGCAUAAAGCGAUCAGGAUAG